UGAAAUAGCCAAAUGGGCGGUUGCAUUUCUAAACCACAUUUCCUACCAAAAACUCCGAAAACCCCAAACGCACGAACCAAAAUCAUCUCACCCAGAAAAACCCCAGUUCACAAAUCACACAGAGUUCAAAACCCCUCUUCUACUUUCCUGUAGCUUUCGCAAAGUUCAAAACCCCUCUUCACACAGAGUUCAAAACCCCUCUUUAAGGCUUUGAGAGAUAGAGAUAGAGAGAGCUUCUAGCUCAUCAGUAGCUUAUGGUGUCUGUGAACCCAAACCCAGCACCUCAGGGUUUCUACUUAUUCGAUCCCACCAACAUGGGCCUUCCCGGCCUCAAUUCCGUGCCGCCGCCCACGACGCCUUCUACGACCACCACCACCACGUCGUCCGCGCCCCAAAACGCCGCGUCGUUGGCCGACGAUCUGAGCAAGAAGAUCCGGAAACCCUAUACGAUUACCAAGUCCAGGGAGAGCUGGACUGAACAGGAGCACGACAAGUUUCUAGAAGCUCUCCAGCUAUUUGACCGCGACUGGAAGAAGAUUGAAGCAUUUAUUGGCUCAAAAACGGUUAUUCAGAUACGUAGCCAUGCACAAAAGUACUUUUUGAAGGUUCAGAAAAAAGGGACAAGCGAGCAUGUACCUCCUCCUCGGCCAAAGAGGAAGGCAACUCAUCCAUACCCACAAAAAGCUCCUAAAAGUGCUCCAGUAGCAUCUCAAGUUGUUGUGCCAUUUGAAUCCUCAUCUGCUUUGCUUGAACAUGGAUAUGCUUACCAGCCAGACUCCUCAUUUGUGCUUGGCACUCCAGUUACCAGUGCAAGUUUAUCUUCCUGGAGUCAUAGUUAUGUGCCUCCAGUCAAUGCAUCACAAAUAACUAAAGAUGAUGGAAAGCUAGCUGGUUCAACAGAUGCACAGAACUCUUGCUACAGUAGUAGUAAUGAAAGCAAGCCUACAACUUGGCUAAUGGGUGAGACAGUUGGUCGAGCAUGUCAUCGCCAGCCACAGAGAGUUUUGCCAGAUUUUGCUCAGGUGUAUAAAUUCAUCGGCAGUGUUUUUGACCCCAAUUCGACUAGUCAUUUGGAGAGACUGAAACAAAUGGACCCUAUAAAUUUGGAGACAGCACUUUUGUUGAUGCGAAAUCUAUCCAUUAAUUUAACAAGUCCCGAGUUUGAGGAUCAUGCAAAGAAGGAUACUUUUAUCAUAUGAAAUGAAAUCUGAGAAAGCUAAACCUGAGAACGAUUGCAACUUUUCUUGCCAUGGUAAAUCGGAGAAUGCCAUCCUAUCUACUUAGGAAACGGAAGGGGAAUGGUGCGGAACGAUGAAGUUCACUUAACAGUUUUAGCGUGGAGUCUUUGUAAAUAUGCGGAAUAUGCAGGAUAGAUUAGUUACCGUGCAGCUUGUCGAAGAAUCAAUGCCAGUUUUACUUUAACCAGGUCAUCAAGAAAUGAAGGAUGAUACAGUCAAUUCAGUGUCCGCCCUGGUUGUCUUGUAUAGAGUUUGUGAGUUGUACAUCUGUUGGCUGUACAUGGUUGUUUAGACAUGUUUUUGGUUUUGACAUGCUAGUGAAUAAGGAAAGGAGUUAAUGAUAGUGCAUCCAACUCCAGUGGAUACUACGUUUGUGGUACUUCUCAGCCUCGUGAAGUUUCAAUCUGAGUUUAGGAAUCCCUUUCACGCCUCAUGUAUCCAAACUCAAGAAGUACCACAAUCUUAAUAAUACCACUUGGAUGGGGAUUCCCAUAUAAGUUUC